CAAGCCUAACAUGCUCGUCCAAUUCCCAUCCCAACAAGAAACAAAUCCAGGUGCUUGAUUGGGGCCAACAAAGAUGAUGAAGAUUGCAUUGGUGAUGGCGAUGUUCUUGUGUGGUGCAGAAGCAUCGAUAGGCAUCAACUGGGGAAGGGAGAGUGCCCAAAGAUUGGUCCCAUCACAAGUUGUGGAUUUGUUGUUGCAAAAUGGAAUUGGACGAGCAAGACUCUUUUCCUCUCAAAGAGAUAUUGUGGCUGCAUUCGAAGGAAGUGGCAUUAAUUUGACCGUAACCAUAAACAGGAUUUCUAGUGUAAAAACCAAGGAAUUGGCAGCGGGGUGGGUCCAGAAAAAUGAAUUCCAUUUCAGUCGUUGCAACGUAAGGUUCGUCUACCUUGGUGGGUUUCCAUUUUUGACCGGGAUGGCGACUUUGGCGCCAUUGACCGAGGCAUUGAACACACAACGUUUGCUGCAAGACGUUCUGAUCGAGCGUGGGUUCGGGCACGUGAAGGUCAUUAUCCAACACCUCGAAGCUGAAGUGUCACCCAACGUCAUAAAGCCCUCUGAAUUCGAGUUUCACGACGUCAUCAAGCCAUACAUGAUCCAGCAUUUGCAAUUCCUCAGGGAAAACAAUGCUCCAUUUCCUCUCGAUAUCAUCCCAAUGAUCGACGUCUUUAACAAUAACUUCGACCCCAGCUUCGCCUUCCCGGACAACGCUUCCUCCCUGGUCAUCCACGAUGUCAACGGCGCUGUCUACACCAACGCCAUCGAGUGGCGCUACGACUCCUUCAUGUGGGCCCUUGAAAAGCUCAACUUCUCCGACGUCCCCAUAGACAUCAGCGUGCUAGGCUGGCCCACCGACGGGUUCUCUGGUGCCAACGCCUCAAAUGCAGAGUACUUUUACAAGCACGCCAUGACUUGGGCGGCUAGCAACAGGGGCACCCCAAAGAAGCCCGGCCACGCCAUCAACGUUAAUGUGCACAGCCUCGCCGACGAGCACAAAAUUCUGUCCUCACCUUUCAUGCGCCACUUUGGCAUCUACCGCUCCAACGGCCAGCCCAAGUAUAAAAUCGAUCUCUCGGGACAGGGGCGGGACAUCUACCCCACCACUGUCCGAGGGAUUAUGCGCAUGCCCAGCCGCUGGUGCGCCUUCAAUGGGGACCGCAGUGACAUGGAUAAGGUCAAGGCCCAGCUCGACUGGGCCUGCACAAAGAGCGACUGCACCAGCACCUUCGAAGGUGCCUCGUGCAGCUCCCUAACAUUAGAACAAAACAUUACCUAUGCUUUCAACAUGUAUUUCCAGUUCCAAUUCCAGGACGAGAAGUCCUGCGAUUUCGAGGGCUUGGGCCACGUCGUCGUCAACGAUCCCUCAACAGACGUCUGCGUCUUCCCCGUCGAGGUCAUCAAAGGCCAGCAGGUCAACUUUUUGUCCAACAACGCUAGACACGCCUUCCGCCCUUCCACUCCCUUCUUCUGCCUUUCAAUCCUCCUCUUUCUUUUUUCCUAUCAAACUCUAUGAUUUUGAUUUAACUACUUUGGACAUUUUUGUAUAAUAUAAACUGCUCCCUCCAUCCCGCUUAAGAUGACACGUUUUCCUUUUUAGCAUGUCCUAACUAAGAUCACACAUUUCCAUUUUUGUAAACUUUCUCUUUUCGAUUAAUACACCCAGCCACUUUUUUUCACUCCUAUUAAAAUAUUCAUCUUUCUUUCUCUCUCUAUUUUAAUACUUAUACUCAUAUUUUCUUUCUCCAGUUAAACAUUUUAACCAAUAACUCCUAAAAUCUCGUGCUGGCUAAAAAAUAUGUCAUCUUAACCGGAACGGAGGGAAUAUGUAAUUAGAUCAUACUGUUUGCUCUUUUAUUUUGUAAACAUAGUCAGGCUGCAGCUAUAAUAAAA